ACGCUGGUGGUGGGGGUGUCUUGCCUUGGGUUGGCGUCUGAUGCUCUCCAAGGCUCCCCUAGCCGCAUUGGGAACAUAAACACUUCACCCAAUUUACUUGUACACUGCGCGUCGCAUCAUGUCUGCACCUCUUUCCGCACCCAAUUCGCCGCUUUUUCGCACGAAAUCACCAGCGGUGCUCUUGAUAUCUUUCGACGAACCAUUCAUUCCUCAACAGCCUAUCAAUGGUUCGGUAGUAUUUAUCAUCGCAGCCAGACCGACGACUGCGCCGUUGCGGUCCGGCCAUGGCGCACUCAGUGGCUGCCACCACACCGACACGUGAGCAGCAACCUCUGGAGACUGCAAUUCCGUUCCUCCCAUCUUCGAGUCCCACGAACAGCAUCGCAAGUUCUAUACGAGGUAGAGACGAUCAGGGCGGGAGUACACUAAAGCGUUACACGUUUACUCCUCAGCGCGUCAAGUCUCUACCACGAGCAUGGGAGCGGCGCCCGGCCACACCUUACGUCCCUAGGAACGAUGCGCAGAAGAUCUGGAAACGGGUGCCACUGGGCGAGGUCACAAUACAUCAUGAUGACACGUGGAGAAAGGGCAAUACAACACUCAACGCCAGACCUGUCAAGAGAUUGAGAGUCAGUCAGUUUGAUGAGGACGAGGACAAAGAAAACAGUAACUACGUUCCGUCGAAGUGGGAGGACGCGACCAGCGCCGUCAGUCCGAAACGGAAGGUCUCCGGCUUUACCGUGGUCAAUGAUGGUCUAGACAGUGGUGAAGAUUGUGGUCAAUCAAACGAAUACGCGGACAGAACGAGUGAAGACGAAGACCCUGCUCCUUCACCAUUGGGACGUAGUGCAGGAGACCCGGAGACGACAGACGGAAUACUGGGACCCGAACAUGAUUUGGAAGACGAGGGCAGUGAGGAAUGCGCUUCGCCGAUUGUCUCAGACUAUCUCAGCCAAAGUGAAGAUUGUCACAUUCACCCAGAGUCCACUGAAACUCUUUCCUCCACCAAUAUCGUCAGUAACGCAUCCAUUGCCGCCUCAGAUGCAUUCACCAAAACUACUCUUCAGUCGACGAUUUCACACAUUGGCCAAGAUACCGUGACAGAGCCCAAUGAGUCGGCCACUGAUCAAGCACACGACCAACCCGUUACCUUGGCGAACGAGGAUGACACUGCCUAUCUUCACGAUUUCCUGUCCCGUGCUCGAGCACAGAAGGCGGCAAGGCAACAAGCGCCGACCCAGAAUCUGGCGUCGUCAAACGAAGAGAUGCAAACGGCCGAGGUGAUGUCUGAGGGUCGGGCCAUUUCACAUGUCGAGGAUGCCAACAAUAAUGCUUUGAUGACUUCAUUCGACGAAGAUUUAACGUCGCUCCAGCCAGACACUGAACCAGUAGCCGAUAUGUCUUCCCCUAGACGAAGCUCCCGUCUUGUUACCAGGCUACCUCGACCGCAGAAGCCCGUGACAAGCUUACCAAACACGAUAUCACUGAAACGCCUGAACGGCACUGAAUUCAUUGCAAUGCAAAAAGAAGUCCAAUCUUUGGCGAUUGCUACCCGGACCAACACGAAACGUAACAAGGGUGAUUCGGUCGCGGUCUCGAUCAAACUCAUGCAAUUACACGCUGAGGCGAAUGCGAAAGCACUGGAGCCCGAGGUAAAGUCUCCAGAGCUGAAGAAACGGAAGAAGAGAUCGAAGCAAGUUAACUGGGAUGCAACUAUUGCCCGAUAUCAGGACGGAAGUCCUCCGGAGGAAGAUAUGCCAGAGCAGGACGACCAGGACGAGCCACGGGCCGCAGCUGAAGGGGCGGUGGAAGACAGCAGUCAAGAGCCUGCGCGACAGUCUCAAGUGGUGGGUUCAGAAGAGAAGCUGCAAGUCGUCAGAAAGGUGCGGAGGUUGAGGAAGUUGAAUGCCGGCACGGUCAACGGGACCCCGGCGCCAAAGCGGACCUUGAGAAUGAGCCUUGUAGGGUCGCUACCUACUGGCCCGACAACGGAUGAGACGGACAGUAACAGUCUACAGGAACAGAAUCAGACAUCUGCUGAGAACUGUAGACCGGACAGUGCGCGACUGUUUGUUGGCACAAGCGAGAAGCGUAUACAGACGAGGACUCGAGCGAGGCUGGGACAGGCUUGAUGUUCAGUCCGCAAGGACUUGCAGUGAGAGAGUCGUUGAGAAGCAGGUGUGUGCUUGUGUUUGGGACGACAGACCAUCAUCAGCUAGAUGUUAUGUACGUACUGGGUGUCCCACGUGGGUGUGCAUAUACCUCGGGCAUCCUGCCAGCUGCCAUAGGAAGUAUAGCCAGCGAAGUCAUAUCACUCCAUCACACUAUC